GCUCCCUCGUAAAAUCAUCUCCACCCCUGAAGGGAGAUUUCUCUCGCACAAAUUUUCCCGUCGUUUUCUCUCGGUCGACCAAUUUCACCAACCCAUUUCUCUCUCUCUAACUCUCUUUCAUUCCCUUAACCAAGAAGGAAGAAACUUGCUUCGUCGUUUACAUUCCCAAUUCGAAAGUUUUGAGAUUUCCCCAAUCAAGAAGAAGAAGAUCUUGUUCAUUUUGCGGGCGAGGGUUCGGUUUGGUUCUUCGUGGGCAAGGAAGGGUUUCUCUGAUUUACUCAAUCGGAUCAGAAAGUCUUCGUCUUUAUCCCGUCUCAAUUUCGGUUUCUCUGAAAACCCUAAUUCAUCCAUUCUUCUGUCAGCAAUAGGGGUUUCUUAUUACUUUCUAAAAUAAAGGAAGCUCUGAAAAUUUUCAGUGCCUAUUAUUUUUUUCUGUUGCCAUCUGAAAUCAAAGAGUCUCCUUUCUCCAUAGAUCUAUCCUUUUCCUAAAAGAAAAAGAAGAUAGCUUUUUGUCCGGAUCUGAUCUUGGUUUCUACCUUUUUAGGUAUUCUCUGUACAAAGUGAUUGUAGGUUUCAUAAGUGUAGGCAUUUAUAGGAAUGGCGUUGAAUUUUUCACAUAGACACUUUUCUUCCCAUCUAUCUGAUGAAUCAAUGAAGAUAGCCAAUGGGUAUCUUGCUGAUGGGCUCUCUGAGAGGAACGGUGAUGUUUUUAACUAUGGGAGGAAUGCUGGAGAUUCAGCUUCUGUUGACAUACUUGAUGUUCUGCCUUCUGAUCCGUUUGGGAUGGAUAUCAACAAUACUUUCACUGCUAUCACUGGAUGGCUUGAGGAUUUGGAGGUUGAUUGUAGCCAGUAUGGGAGAGAUGAGAUUUGGGUUGGUGAUGGGAGCCACCAGCUCUUUGCUGGGUUGAGUUUCAUUUGGAACAAUGCAAUGCGGUUUCAGGAGUUUCCAGAGAGAAAUGUGUACACUAAUGGUGCUUUCUUAUCCGCUAGUAGUGUGGAUGAGGUUGGAGAAAGCAGUGGUCGCUGCACCACCAAUGACGCAGUUGAGGAUGCACACGUUCAUCCAGCGUUUGGUUUUUGUCUUUAUCGCUUGGGAGUGAAGGAUCUUCUCUCAGCGAGUAUGGUUUGCAAGUCUCUGCACACGACUGUCUGUGAUGACUCGCUUCUGUGGAAACAUAUCCACAUUUGUCAGCCGUUGAAUGAGAAGAUCACAGAUGAGGCUCUCCUGCAGUUAACCGAGCGGGCUCAGGGCACUAUGCAGUGUUUGAGGCUCGUGGAUUGCUCGAGAGUUACAGAUGAUUGUCUUAAGCAGGUCAUGGAGCGUAACCCACAAGUAGUUAAGCUUGGCGUGUCUGGAUGCACAAGGAUCACUAUCGAUGGCGUUUUGAGCAUCUUGAGGGAUCUGAAGUCUGCGGGGAAGCCUCAAGUGAAGCAGUUAGAGAUCGGUGGCAUCUUUGGAGUUACUAAAGAUCACUACGAUGAAUUGUUUGGCUUGUUAGACGUUGACAACAAUGUGGAGCAGUCUACACAGAAGCCGCGUUUUUACCAUAGAGGAGACUCCUCAUGUGUGUCCUGCGAUGAUGAUGACAGGGUGCUGGAUAUUGAGAUGUGCCCAAAAUGUCAAAACGCUAGGCUUGUGUAUGACUGUCCAGCAGAAGAUUGUAAAGGGAAGGAGGAAUGUCGUGCUUGUUCUCUUUGCAUACAGAGGUGUUUUCAGUGUGGUCGGUGCAUCAAUGACAGUGAAUACGAAGAAACGUUCUGUCUGGAGUUUUUGUGCGCUGAUUGUUCGAAGUCGUCCCUUAAGUUACCUCUUGAGGUGGAAAAUUCCAUCUGAGUGUUUCUUUUCACUCUGGAUUGAAUGGCUCAGCUCUUCAUGAGUGUGGUGUAGUUUGUGGGAAUGUGUCUGCCCAUGGAUGUAGGUGUCUGUACAUAUAUUAAUAUGUUUAUUUUGGAUUGUGGAAAGUCAGAAUUAAAAGAAAAGAAUAGGAAUAUAUGAAAGAAAGAAGCAGAGUAGUUUUGGUGGGUGAAGAGUAGACGAGAAGAGUUUGUCAUGGCAUAGUUAGAAAGAUUAGAAAGACUACGCGAGAUGGGUAAGUUAGAAAGAGGUGGUGUAAUGUGAUGAAGGACAAGGUUGGGACUUAAUUGGUUUUGAGAAAGGUCAGGAUAAAGAAAAAAAGAUUAUGUAAAAAGGAAAAGCCAAGAAAGAGUCUCAGAAGUUUUAUUUGUCGUCUGCUUUUGUGGGUUGGAGUUAAGAACACGAGAUGGGUCUUUCUUACUCUACUAUAAGUUAGAAAGAAAGAAGUAAGAGUAGUGUGAUGGAGGGCAAGGUCGGCGUAUGCUAUCUUGAUGAGUGGGGCUUAAUUGGUUUUGAGAAACUUGAGGGUAAAGAAAUAGAUUAUGUAAAAGGAAAAGGCAAGAAAGAGUCGCAGUAGUGUGAUUUGUCAUCUGCUUUUGUGGGUUGGAGUUCGGAGUUGGAGACUUAGAGAAGAGUCUUUCCGACAUUGCUAUAAGUUGGAAAGAAGUAUAGUAGUUUGAGGAACAGGUCGGUGUCUGCUAUAUUGAUGAUGUAGCUGAGUUAGUUUUUGAGAAAAGUUCAGGAUAGAGAAAAAGACUCUGUAAAAGGAAAAGAUAAGAAAGAGUCUCAGUAGUGUGGUUCGUCAUCAGCGUUUGUGGGUUGCAGUUGGGAGUUGGAGAUUUAGAGAAUUCGAAAGAGGUAGUUAGUGUGAUGAAGAACAAGGCUGGCGUCUGCCAUCUUGAUGAGUGUGGCUAAAUUGGUUUUGAGAAAAGUUCAGGAUAAAAGGAAAAGCCAAGAAAGAGUCUCUUUAGUUUGAUUUGUCAUCUGCUUUAGUGGGUUGGAGUUUGGAUUUGGAGAAUUGCAGAAGAAGAGUUUGGGAUUGUUGAAGCCAUAAAAGGGAAACAAUGAGUUCUACAUGUAGAUUAAGAACCCCCUAAUAUGUUUUGAAGAACAUGGUUAGUCUGCAUUCUCGACAGAGAUCAUAAACUCCAUUUAAAUGAAGGUAAUUUUGCAUAUAUCCAUAGAUAUGAUCUCUUAGACAUGCUUCUCAAACAUGAUACUGGCUCUAGGACGGGUGUUUUUUUUUAUAUCAGGUGUGCCACUUUGGUGAAAUCUGUGCUCAAUGGAGAUCGUUUUCAACUAUGUAGAAACUAUUUUCGUGCAAUAAAUAUGUUCGUUUUCAUCUUUGUUGAACAAUUGUCGGAAAUAUUUGUUUUGACUUAAGACAUCUAAU